UAGUUUUCAUGUCGAUGUCCGCCAUAGUGAAUUCAGAGUGACCGGACACACAGAAAACCGUGUCAGAAAUGUUUCUCUCUUCAGCUCUGCGCUCAGCUCUGACACAUGCGGGCAGACAAGUGCGGAGCCUCCACCAGUCUGCUGCCCGUUCUGGAGCAGGAGGACUCUUUGUGCACAGAGAUACAGCAGACAAUAAUCCAGAUACCCCGUUUGAAUUCACACCUGAAAACUUGAAGCGAGUUGAAGCUAUAAUAAGUAACUACCCCACUGGACAUAAGCAGGCUGCUACCAUCCCAGUCCUGGACUUGGCUCAGAGGCAACAUGGUUGGCUCCCAAUCUCAGCUAUGAACAAGGUAGCCGAGAUCUUAGAUGUUCCCCCAAUGAGAGUGUAUGAGGUAGCUACGUUCUACACGAUGUUCAACAGGCAGCCAGUUGGGAAGUACCACAUCCAAGUGUGCACCACUACACCCUGUAUGCUGUGCGAUUCAGACAGCAUUCUGCACGCCAUCCAGAAUAAACUGGGUGUCAAGGUUGGCGAGACCACAUCAGAUGGGCUGUUUACUCUAAUAGAAGUGGAAUGUCUUGGUGCUUGUGUAAAUGCACCAAUGGUCCAAAUCAAUGACAACUACUAUGAGGAUCUAAAGCCUAGUGACAUUGAGCAGAUCAUUGAUGAACUGAAGGCUGGGAGAGUCCCCGCACCAGGACCCAGGAAUGGCCGUUUCUCAUGCGAGCCUGCUGGAGGUUUGACCUCUCUCACUGAACCUCCUCCUGGACCUGGUUUUGGAGUCAGAGCUGACUUAUAACUUCACCAGAGCCCCUCGAUUAACCAGUCCUUAUGAAUAUCAGUUGGAAUUGUGAGUGUAAAUAAAAAUGUUAAGUAUA